UUUACGGUUAUUGUCUUGUAUAGUCGGUAUAAAGCUUGAAGUUAAUGGUGUUUUAGUUGUCCUAAUUCUUGGCAGAGUACUCAAGUUAUGUGUAGCUGCUGUAAACAUGGACAAAUAUCAAUAUUCAGGCUUUAGGUGGGUGAGUCAUUAGUAUGUGAACGCUCAUAAAGAAACUGCAUUACAUUACAUCAAAUCACAUGUCUCUUUUAUCGUGUGAUAACGUAUAGUUGCCGUUAUCGUCCUGUAUGUUAUGACAGUGAACAAACUAAAAUGUUUGACGUUAUGGUCUUUUAGUUGUCCUAAUUCUUGGCAGAGCACUCAAGUUAUGUGUAGCUGCUGUAAACAUGGACAAAUAUCAAUAUGCAGGCUUUAGGUGGGCGAGUCAGUGGUGCAUCAACGCCCAUAAAGAAUCUGGCAAUACAUUACAUCACAGCAGUUGGUGCACUGCACAUUCAAUCACGGGCAAAGAUGUCCAUGGAACUUGCAGUUGAUUUGGUUCAUCAGUACUUCCGGUCAUAUCGAUUCGAGGCUGCAGGAAACAAAGAGAAGGCUCAUGGUUCUAUUAAGUCAUUUGAAAGGAUUCAUAUAUGGAAAUAUCUCAUUUCAAUUUUCACCUUCAAGGUUUCGAUGUAUGUCACGACGAACAUUGUGUUUCCUCAUGUAUUAUCGAACAAAAUGAUACCAUGGAAGUAUGAUGUACCGAAUCCAUUGAAACUGAAUCAAAGGUAGGGGAAA